AAGGACUGUGGUUUGUGGGGUGAUGCCCAUGGCUCUCGUCCCUCCGCUGUGCUCUCUUUUUCCUCCUGAGCGGAAAAGAGUUCAAUACGGCUUGAUUUAAGUGAGUGUCAUUUGUCAUGAUGAAAGCAGGCAGGGUGCGUCUGGUUUUCGGGAGGGUGGCCGUGGCAUCCCUCCUGGUUACUUGACACCUGCUGUCUGCCGGUGUAGGUAGCCAGCCAGGCGCCAGGGGUCAGCUAGAGUUUAGGCGUCUCAUCUUGUAGAGUCUGAUUUUCCAUGGAGGGAGAACGAAGCGGGCUCCACUUUUAACUUAAGAGUCCUAGUAGGAGGAUGUGUACGUUGCUAUGGAAAACAGAGAGGUGAGCGAGUCUUCCCUAGUCGGGUUGGGAAGAAGCCAAGGAAGAAAACUAGCUUUUUCGGAGAUGAGUGGCAAUUGAGGUUUUCUUAGCAGUUUGCAGAUUUUUCUGGAAAUAGCAAGAAAUUUGGCAUAGCUGGAAUGAAUUGGUAUGUGGGAUGUAACAGCUGCCACCGACUUCCAGUCAGGUUAGGUACUGGUAGGUCAGGUCCUGAAUAGUCUUAUGUGUCUUGCAGAUGGUCACAGCAUUUGAAGGAUUAUAUACUUGCCUUGGAAUGAUAAUAGGCAGCUGUGUGGGGCCCGUAUUCAGUGGGGGAAUCGGGAAACCAGGCGAGAUUAGCUCCAAUCACUGUCUUUCCCCUGCGGAAUGCAGAGAUUAGCAGAGAAUGAAAGGAACUGCCACAUACACCUUCUCCCACGCUCAACUGUUUCUCCCCUCCACCCACAAACACUUCACUUUCUCCUGCAGUCUUCCAUUUUCUUACUGUUGCCACUGCCCACGUUGCUCCCCACUCUUAUCCUUCUGGGAACUUCCUGACUCUUCAGAUCUCAGAUAAAACACGAGCUCUUCUGUGCAACGCUCAGAAGAUCAAAGUUAAUCUGUUCCUACUGUUCUGCCUGCGAUGGUUUUAUAAAUCACAAUGGUGUUCAUUUUAUUAGAACAUAUACUUAACUGUCCUGGAACUAUGUGCAUGACUGUCUCCUUUCAGUAAUAUGCCGCAAGGAGAGUAGGAACUGUACCUUAAUAUCUCCAUUAUCUGCCACUCUGAGAACAUGUACUAGUGGUUUGGUGCAGUGAGUAAUGCAUAGGAAUGUGUUGUUUUUACUUAAUACUCAGUCAAGAGAUAGAAAUUCAACUCAAGAGAGCCUAAACAAAGUGCUCAGUUGCCUUCUGUUGCUGUGAUAAGCUUGGAUGCGUAAGGGUGGCUGGAUCUGAGGGUUCCAAGGAUGCUCUAUGGAAUUGUAUUUUGUCUCUUGAUUUUGCAUUUUCUUUUCCUUGAGCUCCGUUGACACUCUGCAUGUAGAGCGGCACUUUACAUAAUGAAUGGACCCCUUUCCCCAGAGUUGUGCACUCCUGAAGAGGGGACAGAGUUAUCACACAUGGUUAACACGCAGGAGUUCUGCAAAGAAAGCUUGGGACACCAAAAACAUGUCUACUUGUGUGUAUAUAUUUGAAGAAGAGUGACUGGGCAUCUAGUUACAUGUAUACUUACUUAUCAAUCAAUACUUGCUUGAAUUUUCUGAAGUUGUGCAAAAUAAAGUAUUACAAUUAUUGCCUUAUUCACAAUGUACAGAGGGAUUUUAUCAUACAAACAGGAGAUCCUACGGGAACUGGCCGUGGAGGAGAGUCUGUGUUUGGACAACUGUAUGGUGAUCAAGCAAGCUUUUUUGAGGCAGAAAAAGUGCCAAGGAUCAAGCACAAGAAGAAAGGCACUGUGUCCAUGGUGAACAAUGGCAGCGACCAGCACGGAUCUCAGUUUCUUAUUACUACAGGAGACAAUCUAGAUUACCUUGAUGGUGUUCAUACAGUGUUUGGUGAAGUGACGGAAGGCAUGGACAUAGUUAAGAAAAUCAAUGAGACCUUUGUAGACAAGGAUUUUGUACCAUAUCAAGAUAUCAGGAUAAAUCAUACAGUGAUUUUAGAUGAUCCAUUUGAUGACCCUCCUGAUUUAUUAAUUCCUGAUCGAUCACCAGAACCUACAAGGGAACAAUUAGAUAGUGGCCGAAUAGGAGCAGAUGAAGAAAUUGAUGACUUCAAAGGAAGAUCAGCUGAAGAAGUCGAAGAAAUAAAGGCCGAGAAAGAGGCUAAAACUCAAGCUAUUCUUCUAGAGAUGGUGGGAGACCUACCUGAUGCAGAUAUUAAACCUCCAGAAAAUGUGUUGUUUGUGUGUAAAUUGAAUCCAGUGACCACAGAUGAGGACCUGGAGAUAAUAUUCUCAAGAUUUGGACCAAUAAGAAGUUGUGAAGUUAUCCGAGAUUGGAAAACAGGAGAAUCCCUCUGUUAUGCUUUUAUUGAAUUCGAAAAGGAAGAAGAUUGUGAGAAAGCAUUCUUCAAAAUGGAUAAUGUACUUAUAGAUGACAGGAGAAUACAUGUGGAUUUUAGCCAGUCUGUUGCAAAGGUUAAGUGGAAAGGGAAAGGUGGGAAAUAUACCAAGAGUGAUUUCAAAGAGUAUGAAAAGGAACAGGAUAAACCAUCCAAUUUGGUUCUGAAAGAAAAAGUAAAGCCCAAACAGGAUGCAAAAUAUGAUCUUAUACUAGAUGAGCAGGCAGAAGACUCUAAAUCAAGCCACUCACACGCAAGUAAAAAACACAAAAAGAAAACACGUCACUGCUCUGAAGAAAAGGAAGAUGAAGAAUACAUGCCAAUCAAAAAUCCUAAUCAGGAUAUCUACAGGGAAAUGGGUUUUGGCCACUAUGAAGAUGAAGAAAGCUGUUGGGAGAAACAGAAGAGUGAAAAAAGAGACCGACGUCAGAACCGCAGUCGUAGCCGAUCUCGAGAAAGGGACGGUCACUAUAGUAACAGCCACAAACCCAAGUACCAAACAGAUCCUUAUGAAAGGGAAAGGAGUAGAAAGAGAGACCGAAGCAGAAGUCCAAAGAAGUCCAAAGACAAAGAAAAAUCUAAGUACAGAUGAACAGGGCAGAGGAGGAGGCAGAUGGCUAGCAGGUCUGCUCCUGCCUGACUGGAGCACUCACAGACGCUCUCAGAGUUCCUGCUGGCACAGCUAACUGCGUUUCCAUGUUAGCAGUUUAGCCUUCAGGUUAACACUGAUGGUGUGGGGCACUGAGAGAGAGCGGGGCGUUUUCUGUGUGUACUUUUUAUACAAAUUUUAUUGUUAUGCAUACACGGUAGUAUUCAUAUUUAACAUCUUUCAUAUUUUCACUCUUUUUAAAUGAAGCAUUUCAUACCACAGAAGUCCAUAAACUUGUAUAUAAAACAUAAAACAUAGUUGUGCACCCGCCAGAGUGUAAGAGAUAAAGUGUCCCUUGCUGUGGAAGUUCCAUGUGUCCUUUCUCCCUCCAGGGAUUAUCAUUCUGAGUUGUGUUUGCCCUGCUGUUAAUCUUAUAUGGUUUUGAAUUUUAUAUAAAUGACACAAUGUAUGUUUAUUUCUGUGACUUUUUAAAGAGUUGAUUCAUUUGUAUUGUUACGUAGUUUUAAUGAAUAUGAUGCAGUUGAUCUGUUGCUCUGUUGACGGGCUUUUGAGUUGUUUGUUGUUUUUUGCUAUCUAAGCAAUGCCACUGUAAACAUCUUCAUCUGGGCCUGGCACUGUCUGGCCAUAUGGUUUGAGUUUUCAAUGCAUUUAUAAUUGUAAUUGCUUAAUUUACCUGGUAUGUGGAUUUGUAUGGGAGAAGGGGUAGCCACCAGAGAAUAUCGGUCCAUAUGCAGCUUGAAGCGGUUGUUGCUUCAGUGUUGUGCAUAUUCUUGACCACCAAUAGAAGAGGCUUAGUUACAUAAGAGGCUAGCAUCCUGACAGGGAGAUGGCUCCAUUGGUAGUGUUUGCUUCACAGGCAUAAGACUGAGUUCAAAUCCUCAGGACCACAUAACCAGGCCGACAGUGCAUGCUUAGAUCCCAGCACUGGGGAGGCAAGAACAGGUGAAGCUCUAGGGUUAGUGAGAAACCUUGUCUCAAGAACUAUGCUUGAGGAAGACACCUGACUUUGACCUCUCACCUCUACAUACAUGUACAAAAUUGUGCAUGCACAUAAACACAGAGAUGAAUAAACAGAGCUAUCCUCUAUAGACAACUGUAAGUAUUGCUUGCACAGAUGAUUCUUUGUUGUUUUGUUUUGGUUUUGGGUUUUGGUUUUUUGUUUUGUUUUGUUUUUUGAGACAGGGUUUCUCUGUGUAGUUUUGGAGCCUGUCCUGGAACUCACUCUGUAGACCAGGCUGGCCUCGAACUCACAGAGAUCUGCCUGCCUCUGCCUCCCGAGUGCUGGGAUUAAAGGCGUGCGCCACCACUGCCCAGCUCACAGAUGAUUCUAAAAUGUGAUCUGGAAAAAUGAGCAAAAGACAAGCUGGGAACAGUGUGAAGUCACCUACUGACAACUGAGACUUGAUUUAAUAGCUCUGGAAUAUUGAAAUGGUAACAAUGUAUGCACCAAACAUUUCAAGGAAAAAAGAUCCUUUAUUGCAAAUUAUGAGAAGCUGUUUUAUUUUCCUACACAUUUGACAGUAAUUUUAUAUACUUAUGGGUGUGUAAUAUGUUUUUAUAUAUGUUCAUAUUCUGGGACAAGUAAAUCCAUUUACAAACAUU